AGCCAGUGUCUUUGCGCUUCAUCAUUGCUUCGAGCUUCGCGUCUUCACUGUGAAUUGAUAGGCACUUGAAAGUUGGGAUAUUUUUCGGUGGUGUUGGUGUUGGGUUGUCAUCGAUUGGUCUCGUUUCGAGAAGUAAGAUUUGCGCAAACACAAGCGCGCCCGCGUUUGAGCAGAAGAACGCGAGAGAAAUGGGAGCUCUGGAUCACUUCUCCGACCUCUUCGACUGCUCCGGCGGCAGCUCCAAGCUCAAGAAGCGCAGGCAGUUGCAGACCGUGGAGGUCAAGGUGAAGAUGGACUGCGAGGGGUGCGAGAGGCGGGUGCAGCGCGCGGUGGAGGGGAUGAAGGGUGUCCAGCAGGUGGACAUCGAGCGCAAGGCGAACAAGGUCACGGUGGUCGGGUACGUGGACCCGGGCAAGGUGGUGGCGCGCAUCAGCCACCGGACGGGCAAGAGGGCCGAGUUGUGGCCGUACGUGCCGUACGACGUGGUCGAGCACCCGUACGCGCAGGGGGUGUACGACAAGAAGGCGCCGGCGGGCUACGUGAGGUACUCGCAGGAUCCGCAGACGAACCAGCUGGCCCGUGCGAGCUCCACCGAGGUCCGCUACACCACCGCGUUCAGCGACGAAAACCCGACCGCUUGCGCCGUCAUGUGAACGUGAUCCCUGAAAUCAGAUGCCGCUCAUACUUUGCUUUCCUCGCGGUCAAGCUGUGCGAAUCUGUAAAUUGGUAAUCGUGUGAUGUGUUGCUGGUUUGUCUUUUGCCCUUUGUUUCUGUUCUGCCAUUACUAGGUUAUGUAGGAUUGAGAUACUGAACAAGCUCGUCUAUUACUUAAACGGGGUCCUCUGCAAAUGACAUAUAUAUGUUUUGGCAUUAUCUUCA